CGCUGCCCUAGUAUAAGUACUUCCGACGAAGCUGAACAAAAUCACAAACAAAUUGUCAGUCGUGUGUAGUGGUCGUGUUGUUUUCUAUAUAAUAUUAUAAUUGGUUAAUAAUACGCUAUUCAAACUAUCAUUACUUUUUCUAAUAAUUUUAUUUACGAGAACAGAGAGGCAACAACAAUGAGAAACAUCGCGGUGGUGCUGUGCGCGGUGGUGGCGGCCGCGGCGGCCGUCGGUGCCGUCUCCUUCUUCGAUCUAGUCAAGGAGGAGUGGAAUGCUUAUAAGAUGGCGCACAAGAAGCACUUCGACAGUGAGGUGGAGGACAAGUUUCGCAUGAAGAUCUACGCGGAGAACAAGCACAAGAUCGCGAAGCACAACCAGCGCUACGAGCAGGGGCUGGUGUCGUACCGGCUCGAGCAGAACAAGUACGGCGACAUGCUGCACCACGAGUUCGUGCACACCAUGAACGGCUUCAACAGGACGGCCAAGCACAACAAGCAGCUGUACAGCAAGGGGCGCGAGUGGCGCGGCGCCACGUUCAUCUCGCCGGCGCACGUGACCGUGCCCGACCACGUGGACUGGCGCAAGAAGGGCGCCGUCACCGACGUCAAGGACCAGGGCAAGUGCGGCUCCUGCUGGUCCUUCAGCACGACUGGCGCGCUUGAGGGGCAGCACUUCCGUCAGACCGGCUACCUGGUGUCGCUGUCGGAGCAGAACCUGAUCGACUGCUCGGCAGCGUACGGCAAUAACGGCUGCAACGGCGGCCUCAUGGACAACGCCUUCAAGUACAUCAAGGACAACGGCGGCAUCGACACUGAGAAGUCCUACCCCUACGAGGCAGUUGACGACAAGUGCCGAUACAACCCUAGGAACUCUGGCGCAGAGGAUGUGGGCUUCGUGGACGUGCCGCAGGGCGAUGAACAGAAGCUGAUGGAGGCAGUGGCGACCGUGGGCCCGGUGUCCGUCGCCAUCGAUGCCUCGCAGGAGAGCUUCCAGUUCUACUCCACCGGCGUCUACUACGACGACAACUGCUCCUCCGAGAACCUUGAUCACGGGGUGCUAGUGGUGGGCUACGGCACGGACGAGACCGGCGGCGACUACUGGCUGGUGAAGAACUCGUGGGGCCGCACGUGGGGCGAGCUCGGCUACAUCAAGAUGGCGCGCAACCGCAACAACCACUGCGGCAUCGCCUCCUCCGCCUCCUACCCGCUCGUCUAGACCUCUAGACCCACCACUCGACAGCCAUCCUUCACGGGAACCCUGCGUACCAUGGGUAGCAACCCAUAGUGGUCCACGCUUCAAUUUCAAUUAUGUCAGGAACAUUACACAUUAGUUUUUUGUUUAUGUUGUGUAAAUAAUAUAAUUGUACAAGUACGUUUCCAAUUGUUGAGAGUUUAAACACACGAACAUUAGCUUUAAGUAUAUUUUUUAUAUGAGUAGUGAAAAGUAAUCUCAGUUGUUCACUAGAAUUUCAUGUUAUAUUCGUAAGAUAUUAAUUGACAGUCUCUCUCUUUGACUGUUUGUUGAAUAAAGUGUAAUAAUUCAGUGAUAGGGGGCACUGGUCGUAUAAAUAAAAUGCGUGAACUUCUAAGUGGAUAAAAAUAUUAAAACUAUGACGACAUUCCUACGGUCCAAAGACUAGAUUCCUACUGCCAUUUUGUAUUGCUUGCUAGGUAGUUGCAGCGGCUUGUCUUGUGCAAACGAGCGUCGCUCUUUACAUUUUUUUAUAUGAUAACCGUCGUCGGUGAUUGUGAGCUAAUAUUUUUGCCAUAAAUUGAGAACAAUCUCAUUCUCAUUGAUGUUACUGUUUUUUUUAUAUUGGACUUAUGUUUAUCUAUUUAGUUAAGGUCAUAGUAAAAUAGACAAGUUCAGUAUGUUAUGUUUUAUAUCCUUCAACGUGUGAUAUGUUUAGAUGAUUAAUUUAGUGUACUGUAAGCAUUUAAUAUAAUAUAAUAAAAAGUAUUUUUAUAUAAGA